CGAGGAAAAACAUGGCAGGAGGACAAGCUAAUAUCACGCUGUAUUCUGAAAAAUGAGAAUAUUUGUGUGUAAAAUGGCACAGUUUGCUAUUUUUACUGCUCGUACGCGUCAACCGCAGCCGCGUUAGUGUGUUUUAUAGCUUUUCUGAACCAUGUCAGUCGCUGUUUGAGUUAGCCGACAAGGUAAAGUAAGCUAACGGCUAGCAUGCUAACACCAGUCAAAGUUACCUUCACACACCUGAGACAUUAAUACGGUGCAACAACUCCGGUUUUCAGAGGGACGCAGCUAAUAAACUAACUUCAAUUAUGAAUAAAUAUGGCUAAAAAUGCACUUUACACACAGUAAACCUCAUUAAGAAAUCGAAGGAAACAAGAUUAUUAGUGUUCUCAUUAGAAAUGUCACAUCAGCUCGUUGGAAAGUUGUAAAAACGUCUGAAAUUUAACAUAUCUGUAUUCAUUUUCUGAGCCGAAUGAACAAACGAGGCAUUUUAAGUAGAUUUUGUCGCUAUUUGUCGCACUUUUUCAAGACGCUGUUGAACUUUGUCACGAUGCGGCGACUUUUGACGAGAGUUAUAAACAGAGUUUUGCUCAGCGAACCGUUCAAACCAGCGAUGGGCCUCGAGGGAGAAAUACUCACAGAAGGCCGCCGAAAGCUGGUGGUGGGUCUGGGUAACCCGGGGAUGGACGGUACCAGACACAGCGUUGGCAUGGCGGUGCUCGGGGCGCUCGCCACCCGGCUCGGUGUGGCGGACCGUUGGCGCGGCGACAAGUACGUGUCGGGUGAGGUCAUCCUGUCCGAGGUCCAGCAGACCCACGUGGUGCUGCUCCGUCCCAGGAUGCUGAUGAAUGUCAACGGGGUGUCGGUGGCCAAAGCAGCCGCUAAAUUUGGCAUCAAGCCUGAAGACGUCCUGCUGGUCCACGAUGACCUGGACAAGCCUCUGGGGAAAAUCGCCGUCAAGCACGGCGGCAGCGCCAGAGGCCAUAAUGGAGUUCGUUCCUGUGUCGACUGUCUGCAGACUGACGCGAUGCUCAGGCUGCGGGUCGGGAUCGGCCGGCCGACGGGGAAGAUGUCCGUGGAGCGCCACGUCCUGAGCCGCUUCACCUCCGAGGAGCAGCAGGUUCUGGAGCGGGUUCUGGUCCAGAGCGUGGACCUGCUGCUCUCCCAGCUCUCCCAGCAGGACGCCCAGCUCCCCUCCUCGCCAGCAGGGGGCAGGCGAGUGGCACAGAAGAGGACGGAGAGCUCGGCCUCUCAGGACUCUGCUGCUGCUGCUGCUCAGAGCUGAACGUUGGAGCUGCUGUUUGUUCUCUGAAGCUAAAGUCACAGGAAGAGACUGAAAGAGACACUGAACUGAUGAAACCGCUUCAGACUGAGAUCGUGUUUUAAUAAAGUUCUGUGGACCGCUGGUUCUUGUCCAGACGAAUUAUUGACAGACACAAAAUGUUUGAUUCUUUUGCAGAUUUAAGAUUUUUUUAGACAUCGAUGUGGAUUAAACAUCCAGAGAACUGUUUGCCUGUGAAGCCGAGAAUUAAAGAUCAAGUGUUUGAAUCAUCUAA